UGCUUGUGUAUGCAGGUAAGGUAUGUACAGUACAUACCUCGCUCAACUAGCCAGUCACCCCGACAGUAUCAUUCGCUCUUCUUCCCGAUGCCGCCUCCGAACAAGAUAGGUCGGCCUCCAAAGCAGAAGCAGAAUGCCCUCCAAGCGGCAAUCAGCUCCUGGCUCGAUUCACUGCCCCCCGUCCUCGUUGAGUCCAUCACGGAGCGAGUCGCUGCCGACGCCGGCGCCAACGUUGACACCAAGCGACUUCUCUUGGCCGGUGCCCCAAAGCGAUGGGUGGUAUACGAGCCCAUGGUCCUCUUGCCCAGCGGCAGCUUCACGAACCAGCCCUGGCCAGCCCUGCUGUCCUCAUUAUACCCGUCCCAGAGAGAGGCCCUCUGGACGGCCAUUCUUGGCCAACUGUCGCCCACCAACAAACCUCCCCUGACUCACUUGGCCAUCAACGAAGGCAUUCCACUGCACCUCCCCUCUCAGCCGUCCGGCACGGAAGGGGAUGACAACCCGGCGGGGGAGGAAGAACACAAAGAAGAAAACCUCCUCCGCUCACCCACCCGCCUGCAACCGCUCCACGGCUCCUUCGGCAACUCCUCGCCACCGGCCAACCCCACGCCUUCCGACUUUGACUCGGCUUUCUGGGUAAGCACGAAGCAGAACGGUCUCGUCCAGACCUGGGCCCCGCUGCACACCAUGUUCAGCCGCGGCAACAUCAAGGAGAAGGCCCGCCUGCUCUCGUUCCACCACCGAACCAGACCCGGACCCGGAUCCGGAUCCGGACCCGGAACCCGAUCUGAGGCGGGCCAAGAUGAUGCACCACCCACAGCAAAGACGAUGACGCCCCCCCAAGCACCAGCAGCCGACCUCCGGGGAGGGGGAGGGACGACGAGGAGCAUGGGGAGCAGCAGCAGCAGCAGCAGCAGGCGACAGCAGCGGCAGUACGCGGUCGACCUGUACGCGGGGAUCGGCUACUUUGCCUUCUCGUACGCGCGCCUCGGCCUGCGCGUGCUCUGCUGGGAGCUCAACCCGUGGAGCGUCGAGGGCCUGCGGCGCGGCGCGGCGGCCAACGGGUUCUCUGUCCGCGUCGUCGUCCCUCGCACCCCGCAUCCUGCUCGUCUUUCUUCUUCUUCUUCUUCUUCUUUUCCCGGAGGCGGAGGCGGAGGCGGAGGAGGAGACAGUCGUCAUCUCCUCGACGUGGAGGAGGAGGAGGAGGAGGAGGAGAAGGAAGAGGACGUCCUUGCUGGCGACGAGCAGAUCGUGGUGUUCCUGGAAGAUAACCGGCACGCUGCCGGCCGGAUCCGGGGUUGGCGCGCACGCAGCGGCGGUGGGAUAGAGGUGCUGCAUGUCAAUUGCGGGUUUCUGCCGAGCAGUCAGCCGGUCUGGAAGGACGCCUGGGGGAUGGUGGUUAGCGGUGAUGGUGGUGAUGAUGGUGAUGAUGGUAGUAGUAAUGGCGACGGAGCGGAGGGGGGAGAAGGAGACGGCGAAGGACAGAGCUGGCUGCAUCUGCAUGAGAACGUCGGGGUGGCGGACAUUGAGACACGAAGAGCCGAGAUUCAAGGGCUAUUUGACGGGUGGGCAACGGAAGAGAAUCGGAAACAGGGUGCGGGCGGACGGAGGACGGCCAGGGUAGAACACGUCGAGCUGGUCAAGACGUACGCGCCGGGGGUAUGGCACUGCGUGUUUGACGUGUCUAUUACUAGGUCUAAUGCCGGGAGAUAGGCCCUUGUCCGUGUCGAAAUCAUUAUUACCAUUACGUAUUCGUUUGUUCUGCGCUGUUUAGCUAUAUGGUUUUAUUUGCGCUGCCGCUGACACCGGCUGCAGUCCCCGUCACUCUCUCCGAAACUUGGACGGGAUGUUCUCCUCGAUGAUGUUCUGCUUGCUGAGCGCCUCCAGCCGCUCCUGCUCUGCUUCCAUCUGCUCGUGUUUCUUAAAGUGCUCGAUAUCCUCCGGAUGCGUGAGGUCCUCGAGCUUGGUGUUCUCGCCGUGGUACCUUUGAACAGGUUGGU